CCCGGCGACCUCCUGCAGUACCUGAAGCAGUGGGACGACGUGGGGCGCCUGGAGCUGGUCGCCGCGGCCGACUCCCCGCCGGCCCUGCGGGGCACCCUCUUCCCCGUUUUCAAGGACGCGAACACGCAGAGGGUCGUCUUCAGCCGGAUCGCCCGCAACGCGGCCGAGCUUCCACUGGGCGGCUUCUCCAGGCUGACCCCGAGCGCCGCCAUGCUGGUGGACCUGGGGGUGCCUGCUGGCCAUGUCUUGCGCGUGUGGGCCGAUGACCUCCAGGACUUCCACCCUGCCUUCGACUGCACCUACGAGAUGGCUCGCACCAACGACGUGGCCCUCCCCCUCCCGACGAGGCUCUACGAGGGCUUCGCGGCGCUGGACAGGUUGCGGAAACGUUGUCGUCGCGAGGGCCGCGACCUUCCUGAGACGGUGGUCCCUUGCCAUGGCGGUCUGAUCAUGGGAGGCCCGAGCGCGCCCGACUGGGCGCGCGAGUCCCACAUGCGGUUGCUCGCCCAAGCUGGCAGUUCCCCCCCGGAGCGGCGGCUGCUCAACCGUCACCUCGCCCCCGAUGGGGCCGCCUGGGAGAGGGUCGUGCUGGGCGACCACUUCGGCCUGGCCGUUGACGCCCCUGGCUCGCGGGCAGCUCGGCGCGCGAUCGAGGACUCCUUUGCCCGUGCGCGCGAGGGCCGCGCUGGCGCCGGCCUCAAGGUCAGUGCGAGCAAGGAGGUGAAGGACGCAGCGGAGGCGACGGUCAUCGGGGCGGAGCUCUUGGGCCACGACCGGCUCGUCGGCGCCUCCCGCACCCGCAGGCUGGCGCUGGCCUGGAUGGGCCUCUCCCUGGCCCGAGGCCGGCACUCCACCACGCUGGGCCUGCAGAGGUUCCUGGGCAUGGGCCUUUUGGCCGCUCUGUUUCGGAGGCCUUCCCUGUCGCUCCUCCACCACUGCUACAAGGAGGUAGACGCCGGUCGCGACCCUCACGAGGUGUUCGGCCUGAGCGGCGCUGCCUGCACUGAGUGCGCCCUGUUCGCGGUCCUCCCCCCGCUGAUGACCGCGGACCUCUCCGCGGGGUGGGGCCCGCACGCGCUGGCCUCGGACGCCUCGCACCUGGCUGGGGCGUCCGUCAAGACGCCCGCCCAGGCGCCCGUCGCCCGCGCUCUCUGGCGACAGCGCGAGCAGCGUGGCGCUCGUACGUGGCUUCGCCCUCCUGGCUGGGCGGCCCUGGCAAACCCCGAGGGCGGCGACGUCUUGCAGGAUCUGGGGGAGGACGCCGCCCCGUCCCCUGGCGUCGUCGACCCUUCGGCCUCGCUCAUCGAGUACUUCGACGUGCUGGAGCUCUGCUGCGGGGAGGAGGCCCGCCUCAUGGGUCACAUCGCGGGCCGGGGCCUGCGCGCGGGCCCAAGGAUUGACAUCAAGUGCCACACGUACUGGGACCUGGUCAACUCGCGCCUGGCAGAGUGGAUCAUUUGGCUGAUCUGGCAGAGGCGCGUGAAGAUGACCAUUUCUGAAGUGCCGUGCACCAGUUUCUCCAUCGCGAGGCUGGGCAUGCUGGCGCUACUUGCGCACCUGCUCUCGGGCUAUGGCACUGGCCUACAUGGGCACCCGCUGACGGCCUAUUCCUGGUUCACGCGCAUUGUUGAGUUCUUGCUGUCGCACGACGUCGUGGAGCGGUUCGACCUCUCGAUGUGCCAGUUCGGCGCGCCCUGGAAGAAGGACGCCAGCCUCUUGGCAGUGCGGGGCUCCUGGCUGGCGCCGAUGGCGAGGCGCUGCCGGGGGGGUCACAAGCAUGCCAUUUUGGAGGGCGGCCUGACCUCCAAAGCCGCGCUCUACCCGCACGGCUUCUGCGACGAGCUGUCCUGGCUGAUCUCCGAGAACCUGGGCUGGCCUUCCCCGCCGCCGCAGUCUGAGGGAGGAGCGCCCCCUGGAGCGUUCGAGGCACUCUGGCUAAACGACUACGUCAGCUUCGCCCCUCGGCAGCUGCACCACCACCGCUGCUUCCGCAAGCCCCUCCACAUCGACCUGCUGGAGAUCGAGGCGGCCUGCGAUGCGGUGGACGAGCAGGGCCUUCAGUUCCCUGACUGCAAGCAUAACCUCUGCCUGGACUCCCGCGUUUCGAGCGGGGCCAUCAGCAAGGGCCGCUCCGCCUCGGCCGCGAUCAAUAAGCUCUUGAGAAGGAGGGCCCCCUUGCAGCUGGCCGCGGGCACGUACGUCGGAUGCCACUUCUCGCCGACUCGCCUGCAGCCGGCCGACGCCCCGUCGCGCGCGUUCAGCGACCCGGCGGGCGCGGUGGUCAGCGGAGCCGAGGCGCCGCCUCCCGCCCCGCCCUGGCUGGCCAGCCUCGAAGCCGGGGACGCCUCGGCCUUUCGCGCCUGGGCCGCGCUCCCGCUGCAGCGCCGGCAGCAGUCGCGGUGGGCUUGUCUGGUGGCGUGCUUGUGGUGGCGAGGGCUCCUGCGGCUUGCCCCCCGCCCGCGGGUGCGCGACCCCGCGCUGGGCUUUCCUGGGGGGGGCCCGCGCGGCGGCGAGAUCGCGGAGCACGGCGACGGCCUGGAUCCGCCCGGGCACGGCCAGCCUCCAUCGGCGGCGCCGGCUCUUCGGGCCCUGGUGCCGCUGCUGCUGCUGGGCCGCGCAGAGGCGCCGCGCCCGCCGACGGCCCGCCCCGCGGGGGUGGACCUGGCGGCGACUCGCGGCCUGACGCCGUUGGCCCAGGCGCGCCGUGCGGCGCUCGUCUCGCAGCUCCAGCACUGGCUGGCUGGAUGCGGCGGCCCGGCCUGGGACCUGUUCAUCCUGAUGGAUCCUGCAACUGUGGGCCGUUACUUGGCUAACUACAGCCAGUUCAUGCAUGACGCGAUGAGGAGCCGCCACGACUUCGACGAGACGAUCAACGCUGUGGUGGAUGUCAUUCGAGCCCUUCGUCACCGGCUCGAUGUGGCGUGGGGCAUCUCCUUCACGUGGAAGCACCUCGCGCCGAGCUCGAACCACCAGGCGAUGCCGGAGGCACUGCUGCUCGCGUCCCUGAGCCUGGCGCUGGCCUGGGGUUGGAUCGACGUGGCCGGCUGCCUGCUCCCGGGCUUCUUCGGCACGAUGAGGCCGUUCGAGUUCCUGAGGUUGAGGUUCGAGGACCUCGUGCUCCCCUCUCGUUCUUUAGAGCGCCUGCAAGCAAUGUAUGUGCACGUCGGCGCGCCAAAAAUGAGACGGCUCGGCGCGCGCCACGAGCACAUCAGGAUUGACGUCUCACAGGUUGUGCAAUUCUUCGAGGCCGAGCGACGUUGA